ACACACUUUCCCCGCUGAGGCUAGCACACAGCCAGAGAGGAGAGGAGGGACUGUGUGCAGCCCUUAGAGCCAGCUGUCCUCCGUUCAGAGCUGGAUCUUUACUUUCCUGGACUCCCCCAGUCCUCCACUGGCCUCCUCGCUCCAUGGGACUCCAGACCUGGCCGCCCAGCAAACCACCUCUGUCCUCCAUGGCCUGCCUUGAUGUGGAGACCCCUUCCAUCUGCAGGGGUAAAUUUAAAUCAGGUGCUUUUAUUUUGUUCUGUCUAACUCUGAAGCACUUUGUUGUCUUGUUUGUUAACCUCCGUAAAGUUUUGUUGACUCUUGUUGAUCUCUUCAGAUGUGAGCAGCAGUAGUGGGGGGUUGUAGUGACGUAGUUGCAGCCCUAACAGGAAAUGACAGGGUAGCACUAACGCUCAUCAUCAUGAUUCAGGCAUCUUCCUUACAGGAGAGACUAUUGUCACGUAAUUGUCAAUGAAUCAAACUGCUUAGAAAAGCUGCCAAAAGAGUCUGCUGGAGGGAGAUUACAGACACAUGACUCAUUAGUUUAUACUGUCUAAAGUAUGUUUGUGUUGGAUCACUUCUGUGAUGAGUUUUAAGCAUAAAUUCAUACCUGUAAAGCAGGUACACUUACUUUCUUACAUAGGUGUGUUGUAAGAAAUACAUUUGUGUGUUCGCACAAACCGACAAAAGGUAUUUGUCCACCUUUUUGUUUUUUUUUCUCUGCUAUUCCAAUCAAUAAUAUUCAAGUUUCUUUCCUGUGUUAAAAAAUUUCUAAAGUAAUACAAUAGAUUUGCAACAUUAACAUUUUCUAGGCUUAAUUGUUUUGGUUAAAAAAAAAUGUAUAUGAAAGGCUGUGCCUAAAGAGAUUCUGCAAGGGCCCAUUCCCCCCCAUCUUUGGCCCCCUACUGGGCACACCCCUGGCCGCUGCUGGUAUUAGAAACUGUGGUAAAAGAUGGAUUUAAGUUUGUGUUGCUAUGAGAUAUAUCAGCUUUUUGUUGAACAUAAAGAUGUUAAGAGUUAAGCGAUAUCACCAGACCACGGUGUGAUCAACAGUUACUAAUGGUGGUCAUAAACAGUUCCAAAAACAUUUGUUUUCAACGACAGAGAAGGACUUUAUGCAAACUACGAAUUGGUUUGUGAUUUGCAUGAUUUGUAAUUAAGUCACAGAUUGGUUUGUGACUUAAUUACUUUACAACCUAACCAUUUGUGACUUUUUUAACCAGCGCUGUACAAAUUUAGCAGUGCAGAGUUUAAGGAAACACCCACUCAUUGGGAAGAUACCUCGUGGGUUUUCUCACCACUUUAACUUUAACUUGAAAUCUUGUGCUGUGGGAAAAUAUAUCCCACAACUGUGGUGUGGUUAAAUAUGAGCUUUACAGCAGAGGGUCUCAGACUGCCUAGACUUUUAAUGCGAAAAAGCCUGUACUGCCAGUUAUUAGAUAAAAGCAGACGUACUCACACUACUUGUGAUAUGCGAAUAAAUGCCUGUUUUCAUGAUUUAAGUGAAUAAUCAUGUAGUUUUUAAAAAUGUGAAUGAUUUAUGUUCAAUUCUUUUUAGCCUAGUUUGUGUCAGUUUUUAGACAAAUGCAUCAGGAUUUUGUGAUGACCUUUACAACUAACAGAUACAAUCCUAACAUUCAAAGUUUAGGGCCUGUGUCCACAUAACUUUUAGCGCUUACUGUUUUCAGUGAUCAGUGUCUUGAGUGUAAAAAUGCCCUUGUUAUCAGCUGUUUUUAUCCUAGAGCUCUCUGUUGAAAACUGCUUAACCACUUUUGUUUUUGUAGAGACAAUUUUGGGUCCAGAAAUGCUGCUAUCACUGUAACUCAGUUUCUGUCAACUGUGUUAUGUUUUCUUAGUAAAAUUCCAUUUACCAAAUUUGAAGCUUAUUGGGCGACGCAACUUUUGCACAUUGCAACAAUAAGAGCUGAUGAGAUGCACUCCAAAAAUGCAGUUGUAGGGGCUGUCAACAUGAAGGUUGGUGGAUGGACACAGGCCCUUGCUGGUCCCCAGUGAAAAGCACCCCCACCUUUGCUAAAACUAGAUUUUUCAGAGUAAGUGAUGGUUUAUAUUAAAAUCAACAAGACUGAGUGUCAGCCUGUUUCUUAACUAGUUUCAGCUUUGUUUGAGCAAGAGCACCUGAAGUCACACCAAACAGGUUUUUGGAACUGUUCCUGAAAAAGAUUAGGAAAAGAAAAAAAAAAGGCAAAUACAAAAAGUUCAGAUGGGAGACCUCCAGGGAUGAUUUGCUGAGAACAACGUGGGUCUUAGAUUAGAGAUUACAUCAGUGGGCAGGGAUUUCAGAUGAGUCCUCACCCUCUUUUUCUCUCUCUCUCUCUCUCCCCACCUCUGUUUACACUCUGCUUGUGAGCAGGAGAGCAGAGCCAGUUUGCAUCACAGGAAGGUUAGCCAGGGUUCAAAGUCAGCACAAGAUGUCAUAAAUUGAGGAGGACCGGGGCAUGAGGUGAACCCCGAAAACUAGAGCUCAAAUUAAACCCUGAAGGGCAGAUUUUGAUGUUAUUGACAUUCUGCUUUGUCCUCUCAACUGUCUUUGCUAUUGCAUUUUCUCCCAAACACAGAGGAUCUGAACAAUGAGACAAAGCAAUGUCCAUUAUUUACUAUCUCCCGGUUUGAUCUCUGUCUCAGACUGACCACAAACACCCCCCUGGCUUGGGUUUGGAGUCGGAAACAUAUCAAGCAGAGCAGGCACACUGUGUUCUCUGAGCUGCUCUGAGGGGAGACUUUAGCCUCCCUCUCUUUUGCUUCAGCACUUGUCACUUUUGGUUCCCUUGCCCACCAGUGGAAGCACAUAGACGUCCCCUCAUUUCUUCAUACUACUAAAGAUCCCACCCCCUUCACUACCCCCCAAUUUCAUAGUUCCCAGGCCUUGUUCUCACAGCUGCCCAGUUUAUUUUUGCUAGAGUGAGUCACAGAGGCCUGUUCAGACGCAGUGCCUUUCCCAGGAGAGUCGGGCAGGUCUGGGUUGUGUGUGUGUGUGUGUGUGUGUGUGUGUGUUUCUAUGUUAGUGGGAGUGAACUGUUUCCCCUGAGCCAUUUAGUAAGUCUACUUUCAGGCUACUUUGCUUGUGAUGAAUACAGUGGGGACAAUGUAGGCCUAAUGUGAUCCACAAUACAGUCGUAUGCAUGAAAGUUACUUCCACUUCAUCUGCUUGUAUUUGAGCUGCGGUUACUUGUUGGACGUCUUUGUGUAUUUGCAUGCCAUGCAGGGAUAUUGACUCUCUUUCUCUCUUUCUUUCUCUCUGUAACUUUUGUCAAACUUGUGGUACCUUAAAAAUCAAAGAUAAAACCACAUAGGAGGCGAAAAGGAUGUCUGCGGUGGUGGAGAGGGUUUACUGCGAGGCCACUUUAUCGAUUGAGGAAUAAUAAGUGCUUUGUUUAGUUGGAAGUCUUGCAUGAUGGUUCACAGUUGACUCAGCAGACUUGGCUCUGAUCGGUAAAAGCUCGAACCCUUGACCUCUGUGUCUCCUCUUCACUCUCACAGUCCUCCAGCUCUGUCUGCAGCAGAGGAAGACUCGAGAGCAGCUUGUGGAGCAAGGCAUCAUGCCACGUGAGUAUUCACAUCACAUCCGGUAUUAACAAACUCUCACCUUAAAACAACUUUAAAUAAGAUCAUGGUUGAUGGACAAAACACCUAAAGAAAGAAGAACUGCAAAGUAAUGGGAUACCAAACUCUUUUUUCUAAUUUUGUCUUUAAAAAUACGUUUUCAGGAGCUUUUUCGAGGCAAAUGUCAUGUUAUUAUCUUGUCUUUUGUGACACCCCCCUUAUUUAGAGCCACAUGCGUAGGUCUGCUUUUCCUCUGCUUACUUUUUUGAGGCUAUUCUGGUCUAUUCAGGUUUAAAAACUUACACUCAAAUAAAAUGCCUAAUAGAGUUUUAUAUCCAUUUUUUUAGUAUUCUAACCACUUUGAGUGCUUUUACGGGACAUAUCACAUGAACCCAGGAGACUGAAGCUUUACAGGAAAUGCUGACUCUGGCUAAAACUUUCCGCUAAUCUGGAAACCAGAGAGGAUGAUGACAAAGUUUUAACUUCAAUAUAAUCAAAACUGAUUAGAAGAGGGAAAAAAAACAUUAUCCCUGCACAGUUACAACAAAUUCAAUUAACAAUAGAGAUCAAACCUGUUUUACAACAGGCUGUAAACAUGUUAAACUCUGCUGUAAAAACGUCUUCUUUACAUGACCUGGAAUGGAGAUUCCAGCCACAAAGAGACACUUGAGUAACUGUGGUUUUCUGCACUUAUGCACUGGCUUUGCUUUUCCACACCAGAGGCUGCUGCUUAGCAAUUACAGUGUUUUAAAUAGCAGGUUGACUCCAUAAAUUUUAAGACUUUAACUUGGGAUGUAUUCAUGCAUUCACAGAACUCUUUUUUUAAGGAUGAGGUGCAUGUGUGAAUGCAAACCACUGAUCAACUUUUUCCUGAUUAAAUAUUCAUGUGAUUUGCAGCAAUUUGAUGUGAAAUUGCAGCAGGAAAUGUCAAGUAGAUGAAUAAAACUGGGGUUAAAGAUGGAGGAUAAUUUUUGAAAUAGAUGCAGCAAAGAUGUCUGCACAGCCGCUCAUUUACACAGAGCGCUGAUAAAAAUGCAAAAACUGUCAUCUGAGUCUAGCUCUCAAUUGCUUUGUUGCAAAAGUUGUUGAUGCCGUACAAUAUUCAUCGUCUUCCUAGCUAUACCCACCACUUGUUUAGGAUGAGGAUGGUUUCACACUGUGAGUGAAAGAUACUCCAUCGUCUUAUAAUUGGAGUCAUGUGGACAUUACAAAUGAUCAAACAGCAAAUGGCCACCAAAGCAGAGAGAUGAUGAGCAGCUCCACGUCGAAACCAGCCAUGCUUUGAUGUGACAAAAGGGGAAGAGACUCAGUCCCCCUGCCUCACCAGAUAAAAGAUGAACUGAAUUUUAGACAGAAACACACUGAUAGUGAGAUAGAUGGACAAAGAGAGCCACAAAGCUCUUUCUUUCUGUCCUGGUCUCCCUGGAGAAAGUCACGCUUUCAGCUCCUCUCUGGCUCCAAACAGGCCCAUGAGUCAGCGACUGAGCCUUCACAGGAGGUCAGUCAUCUCCUCUGUGGCCUGCACACAAACCUCCUGGGCCAUUCUCUGCUGCUCCCACACUUUCAGGCUUAAGCGAGGUAUGCAGUGGGAUUUAGGUGAUGAGGAGGAAUGUUUUUACUUCACUCGGCUGUCACACUUCCCCUUCGCCUGAGUGUCCUCAAAGCAAACAGUGCUCGUCAUAGCAGAGGUGGCUGGUUUUUGAGCCGGGUGCCUUUUAGAGCUGAGUGAGUUCAUUCUGUGAGGUCAAAGUAAAUGGGCACUGAACAAUCUCACUGCUUGAGUCAGGCGGGCAGGCACUUCCCGUUUGACUCCCAUGAGUUCCUGCUAAAUAAUGCCGCACUCGUGCAAAACAACAAGAGCCAAAAUAUCGGAGCAUAACAGGAAUGCAUUCAAGAAUAGUUUUCAGUCCUCUUUACUAGAAAAAUUAUGAAAUUGGGCAAAGAAAACAGUAAUAUCAUACUUUUUAUCCAUUUUUGUUACUUUUACCUCUUCAUCAUUUCAGCAGGUUUAAUAUUAAUCAAACUAGGAUGAUUCGACAUUUUGUUUGCAGCUUAAUAACAAAGGUAAUAAACCUGGCUUGAACACUGACAGGACAUCUUGAACAAUAGCAGUCAAUGAUCAGUCAUAUAAAAGUACAUUAUUGAUUAAAACAGGUGUUCAUUAAUUUUAAAAUGAUGAAUGGGUUCUUAUCAGUCUGUAUGCAGGAAAAUGUAUUGAUCUAAACUUAGAUUUUCAUUCACAGAAGAGUCCUUUUGAUUUGACAUUUUUAAAGUUAAAACGUAAAAAAGUUUCGGCCCUGUGUCCACUGUUGUGCUUGUGUUGUGUUCCUUAGUUCACUGUUGCCAUUUUAGUAACAGUGUCAACAGGAAGUUAAAACACUGGAAUUAAUCACCAGUGUUAUGGAGUUUUGAUCAACUAUAAUGAAGUAUUUUAAAAAAAAAAGCCAGAUUAUAAACUCAAUGCAACGUUCAUUACACAUAACUUUACACAGGAAUCAGGGCAAGGGAAUAUUUCAGCCAUUGUCAUCUGCUUCUCCUUUGUAUCAUGUGUUCAUUUCAAAUCAGUUUUUUUCCUUAAAAGUGAAGUAUUUUCUUCAUUCACCUCUUCACAGCUUUGAAGACACCUGCUGCCUUUCAUGAGCAGAUUCGCAGCCUGGAGAGAGCCAGGGUAAGCCCUCAUCAUGCUGCAGCUCAUUUAUCAUCUUAAUCUAGAUUAUGUCCCUCUUUAACACCAGAUUUUUUUUUCCCUCCAGACCGGGAAUUUCCUAAAACAUAAACUCUGCAGUCGACCUGACCGCACAGAGCUGGUUCGAAUGCACAUCCUACAAGGUAACUGUCGUCCUGUGUGUUCCUAUUGGAUUGUAGAGAUGAGUAAGGAGCUUACUCCUCUAAUAACACUUAUUUCCUGUUUAGAUUUGUUUUAAUAAGUUGGAGCCAGAUAAAUGUCUGAGGUUGGCUCUACUUUGUGAGGUCCAGCAGAGCCUGCAGUGAGUCACUUUGACGAAGCUGUUAGGAGGCUGUCUGACGCUGGGUGGAUCACAGCUGAUGACCCUCUCUCUGUGUAUUUAUCAGAGUCGCAGGCUGAACCCUCCCUGCAGGCCACACAGAUGAUGCUGAAGAGAGCUAGACUGGCAGAUGAUCUCAAUGAGAAGAUCGCCCAGCGGCCUGGACCCAUGGAGCUGGUGGAGAAGAACAUCCUGCCUGUUGAGACAGCAGUGGAAGAGGUUAUUAACGGUACAUGCUCGUCUUUAACACUUCUUUAUCUUCAUCUUCAGCUGGGCUCAGAGUCUAAAAGUCUUAGUAUAACUCACUUCUGAGCAUUUUGUUCAAGACUAGCUGUGACCACCUCACAGUAAGGCCUUCACACUCCUACGUCCAAACUACGCCAUAGCAUAGCUAGAUCAUCAUUUUUCUUAAAUAUGUAACCAUGACUCAAACAAACAAAAUCAGACCACAAGCCCUGUGGUUGAUAUGUUGUAAUUUCCUCAUUGACAGAUUCAGCUGUACACUCAACCUCCUCAAACAUCCUCUCUCUCUCUCUCUUUUUUUUUUUUUUUUGCAAUAACUGCAGUAUGACCAACUGCUGCUCGACAUUUAUCAGCUUCAGCUCCCACAUAGUACCCUGGAAUUAGGUUGCUUAGGUUUCCUGUGCACGUGCAAGCAGAUCAUGUAGCACCAACUUUAUCUAGACUUUAUGACUAGAAUAGAAAUCACGCUGUCACAUGAAGAGCUCACGGAUGACUUGAAAUCAUCAUCAACGCAAAGCAAGUUGAUUUAUAUGUCACAUUUCACCAACAAGGCGAUUCAAAGUGCUCAAAGUCCCACUCCAAUCAUAUUUUUUUUUAACUAUUCAAAGUUUUCUCAGUGGUCUUUAAAUGUUGAUUAUGAAGUUUUUGGCCAAAAUCACCUAGCCUAUUAGCAAUUCGCCUCUGAGUCAUGGGCGGAGACAGCGCUGCUCUGCACACUCCUCAUCACACUAGUAGCCUAACAUUGCCGGUGUAAUAGAAGUGGCAGGUAGCAUAGGAGCCAUUCAGCUCUCGGACACUAAUGUCUUUAGGGACAUGAUGAAAGGUAACAUCAUUAUUAGCUUUUUUACUAGCAUUGCAAUUCCUGGGCUGUGGGGGGCGGAGCUUGGAUUUGCUACGUAGGAAAUCUCACUGAAUCUGAACCUUCUGUUUGCGUUUGUGAGAGACUCACAGCUAUUUGAACGCAGAAAUACUCAAAAAUGCAAUUUCGCACUUACUUUUCACAUGCUUUGUCCUGUAGCAUCAGAAAAAUAUCAAAUGAACACGUAGACAACACGAAAAACAUGAUUUUCAUUGGACUGGGUCUUUAACACCGACACAGGAAGAAUCAUUGCAUCAAAAAUAUUUAAAGAAUUUUUUUUUAAAUCAUUGAUAUUAUUUUGAAUUAGAGUAAUGAGUUUUUUACAAGCCAGUGUAUGUCCCACAGGUGGUCAGACCAAUAAGCAGCCUGAUAUUUACAGCUUUGAUGAGGACAGCAGUGACUCUUCAUCACCCAAACAGCCUGCCAGCCACCAGUCUCCCAGCUGCACCUCUCCAAGAGAGUCUGAAGGGACUGAAGCCACUUCUUAUCCCUCCCAGAUGAACUCUCCUGUGCAGGUAGACCAACAGCAUGAACGUUUCCAGUAUAUUAAUACAGCUCUAAACAAGAGCAGACAGAUUAUCCCUCUAGCAGCAGCCGAUCCAGAUAAGCAGAUUAAACCGUUUGUUUAAAAAUGAAGUGAAUAAAUUCCAUCAUAACAUUUGUUCGUCUUCAUUUGCACUAACUGUACUGCUGUGUUUGGUCCAUUUUUGAUUCAGUGGAACAUUUUGUUCUCAUUCUUCUGUUUUUGAAAAGUUUGUGAAUCUGUUUUUGGUUAUAUUGGAGCUUAUCUGCUCUUGCCCGGGAUGAUGCUGAACAGGCGUAGCAGCUUCAGCGUUCUUACUGACUGGAUCACAGGGAUUCUCUCCGUCUUUGUUUUUCUUAGCAGGGCCCACCACCUAACUCGCAGUCACGAUCGGAUUUAGUCAACCCCGUCUCCACCGGCGAACAACAAGUAUCCUCGCCUCAGCCAGUCAAUGCUGUCAUCUCUAGUGUCACACAAGGACCAGUUCUAGUGAAGGUAAGCCUCAGAGAUUUACUAAAAGCUCAAGUUUGACCAAGACUUUUAACUUCAUGUGAGGAGAAGUGGUUUUAAAUUUGUGAGAUUUUUUAGUUUUUUACCACCUCGUUUCCUUAUUUCGUAGUUUCUUUCUGAAAUGUGUUAAGCAUUGUCAUAUCAGAAGAUACAGAGUCCUUGUUUUGUCGCUUCAGAAGUAAUUAGACAAGUCAGAUUCAGCUCAAAGAAGAAAAUGGUCUGGAGUCAUUCCUCAAAAAUCUGUGCCAGCCACAUUUAAUGUGUCUUUAUGUGCCCACUGAAAUGUUGGCUCUCCUCGACAAGGCUGUGUAAGUCAAAAUUGAAAGGAAGGAUUUGGAGAACUAUCUUGUGCUGUUAUCAUUUUCCAGCUAUCCUCUGGGAAUUAGAUGAACCCUCCCUUCUUUGGAAAGCACACAGGAGUGAGUUUGACAAAUUGGAGGGUGUGUCCUUGCUUGAGUGAGCUUUGGUUUCUAGUUUCUUUGCUAGAACCCGCAGCUCUUGUGCCAAGCCAUUUUCAUGUGUAUCCUGUAACUGCAGGUGUGAAAACAAUAAGACUCCCUCUUCCACUACCCAUUUCCUCAUCCUGUAGUUCUCAUCAGGUGUCAGAAACACUGCCCCACCUUAAUGCUACUAGCUAUCAAGAUCCAGCACCCACUCCAAGUCUGAUCUGGCAGUGCUGACUGUAUUCCCUGAUAAACUGGAUGGAGAUCAGUCACAGGGAUCAAAUAUCCUCCAGAUGGUACACUCGGGUUUUGCAUUCCCCUUUUUUUUCUCUGUUGUGUUCUGCAGCAAAGCCUGGCCAAGCCGCCCAGUGAGAAAAGCCGCAGCAAAAGGAGCAGAGAGUCCAAACCCCGGGUGAAAAAGUUAAAGUACCAUCAGUAUAUUCCUCCGGACCAGAAGCAGGAGUUCAACGAAAUGCCAAUGGAUUCGGCUUAUGCCCGCCUUUUGCAGCAGCAGCAGCAGUUUCUGCAGCUCCAGAUCUUGAGCCAGCAACAGCAGCAGUACAACUAUCAGACUGGCUCUCCUGCAACACCAAAGUACGUCUCCACGUAGACAAACAAACACUUUGUACACAGCUGCGGAUAGGAGUGUCUCCUAACAGAUAUUUUAUCUCAAAUCUGAUCCAGGCUGCAUGAAGUCUGCAUGAACAUACCUGAAAUAAACAAGAGUUAUUCACCUGUCUUUCACAUUAACUUUGAUUAUCAACAUUAAGCAGGAUGUUUAUCACUCUUUAACUUUAGAAAGUAACAUGUAGAGACAGUAUUAAAGUAUUCUUGUCUUAAUUCUUGAAGGCUUAAAAAGAUGUACAGUGCUCAUUAUAAAUAAGUACACCCCACUGGGCAUUUUUUGGUCUAAAAGCGGUCUAAUAGAUGUCUUAAUGUAACCUAGACAAUUGGUCUAAAAUCAGACUACCACAGGUCUAAAAAUGAAAUCGUUUUAGGCAUCUAAAUUUAGACCAAGUCUAAAUGUGGGCUAUAUCUAUACUGUCUAUUGCACAACAGCUAUAAUAAUUAUUUUGGUUAAGUACUAAGAGAUCAGUUAAUCAACUCAAAGUUGCUUUUUGAAAUAAAUAGUUAUUAAAUAAUGGGUUAAAGUGCAAAGUCUGAAUUCCGUAUAAAAACGUACUGAAUCUAGACGUUUGAAAUUAGGUCUAAAAAACUAGACGUCUAAUAGCCGUCUAUUGCUCAGUGUGACCUUUAGUUUCCUUUCAAAAUCAACAUAUUCUAUGUCAGACGAUACAACAAAAUACUCCCCCAAAUGUAGGCCAUUGAUUGCAAACAAGACUUAUUUUUUAGUUGCAUAUGAAAAAGUGUUUUUUUCUAUUUAAAAUCAGGAUGCAAAAAUGAGUACACCCCAAUCAAAGUUCUGGGAGCAAAGCUAAAUUUUAGUUACCAUAUCACCCUUAUUUUCAUGUCAUGGUAUUGAGAUAUUGAUAUAUAGAUAAUAAGUAAUACAUUACUUUUGAUAGGGUGUCCAAUUGGAUUUCAAAAGGGGGCUUGGACCAUCUCUGGAUCAGCCCCUAGACACUGAUGCUUUUACUAUAUGUUCAUAUAACUGUAAACAGCUUUUUUUUCACAUUCUUAAGUAAACAAUAAUACUUCAUAUUCAUUAUCCUGAUAUGUUUGUCUUUGUUUUGGUCCUUGUAUUUGGCCCUUGUGUCCUCUGUAAUUACUUUUACUGUUAUCGAAACAUCUUUAUUUUACACAUUUUUAUUUGGCUGUUAGUGCAGGGUAAGCUUCUGACCAUCCCUGAAAAGAUGCUUAAGUAACAGCGUUGUAUCAUUUCAUAGCUGAAAUAUUUAAAUAUAUAUUUUAAUAACUUUAAUUAUUUCACACUUUGGUUUCGAUAGCAUGAUGCACAGCUGUUAUUUGUCUGGAGUCCUUUUAAUUUCCUGCCCACUGCUUCCUGCACAGAAUCUUGGAUGAAAAAUAAAUAACAGCUCCCUUGAUACUAAAGAUCCCCUCUUCAAUCUGUGCUCCCUUUUCCCUCUUGUCUCAUUUCAACAGACCAACAACUGAAUUGCAAACCAGCUGUUCCAGGACUGUUUUGAGUGGAAACUCUGCAUCGACCCCUGUGCAGCCUCGGCACACUUCAGCUAACCGCGACCUGGAUCGAUUACCAGCAAAUCUGGAUGAGAUGAAGGUGACACUUUUCUGCCUCACAGUCACACUUUAUUCCUAAUUAUACAGUCUGUGCUGCAUUUUGAGAACUGUGACGAAUAAACCUGUUUUCUUUCAAAGGUUGCUGAGCUGAAAAUGGAACUCAAACUCAGAUCUUUGCCUGUUUCUGGCACAAAAACAGAUCUGAUAGAGAGACUUAAGAUGUAUCAGGGAAGCUCCAACAACCAGACUGUUGCUGCGUCUGUGGAGACAACAGCUGUCCCAGCAGCUUUACAGUCUGAAAACACAAAUCUAACCCCGCCUGUGUCCCCUAUCGCCUCCAAAGUGUCCAGUCUGGGCAUAGAGGACUGUGGUGUGGCAGAACGCCCCGCAAAGUUUACAGAUAAUAAAUGUCCGAGUCAGACUGCUCCCUGUGCAAACUCCCCACAAAGAACUCAACCUGAAGACUGUCCCAAAGAGACCAAGUCCGGUAAGAAAGACUCUGAGAAGGACAAACGCCUCCAUGAGAAGGAGCGCCAGAUUGAGGAGCUGAUGAGGAAGCUGGAGCAGGAGCAGAGGCUUGUGGAGGAGCUGAAGAUGCAACUGGAGGUAGAGAAGAGGAUGCAGCAAGGAGAUUCCCCGCCUCAGCUGAGCCCUCUCACUCCUAUCCAGGUCAAAGAAGAAAACCGGAGCCCGUCAGGCUGCUGUAGCUCUCCUGGUCUGCCAGCGUUGAUCAAAGAAGAGAAGACUGCAGAUCAGAGCCACUUAGCCUCUCAAAAUCAGUUCAUCAUCACCCACCAGACUGAAACUUUGCAGCCAGUCUUGGCUGAGGCCCAUAUCCUCCUGCCUGCAUCUUUCCCUGCCAACAGCCUCAAAUUACACUCCACUGUUAGCGGCGCAGCCACAGGCCUCCUCCAGACCUCUGGACAGAUGCCACAGAAAAUAGAGGCCUCAGGAGUAUUACAACAGCAAUGUGGGACUCAGACUGAGCCACUGACAAAGGUAAGAAAACACAUUGGUUAUUACACGGGCUGCCUCUGCCUGCUAGUAAUAAACAUUGAGUUUUUUUAAACAUGCAAACUUAAUUUUUGGUGAAGUUAACAGCUAGUUUGUCUGGUUCUUAAAAGAGGGUAUGUGGCAUCAUGAUUUAUAUCUCUGUUGACAAAUAAGGGAUCCUUCAGCGCUGUUUACAAGAUAAGCAAAGUAGAGGAGGGACAGCAAGAGAAAACACAACACUGAAACGAGAGUCAUUGAACCUUUCAUGAACAUAAAUGUCUACUUAAAAUCUACACAAAAAUCUGUUCAGCUGUGACCUGAGGGAUUUUUGCUGCGUUAAGUGAAAUCUGUACUUUGAUUAGCUGAAGGGGUGAGACGCCAAUCCAGCCGCCCCGCCAGCCGGAUCACUUCUGUAUAUGUAGCAUAAACCAUUUCGCAGCCCUGAUGGCGCAAAUACGUUCACUUAAUCCUCUUUGCUCACCCGCCUUUGUGUCUCUUCAGACUUGGAGGAUGGAUGGUGCGGCUCAAAGCUUACUCAACACUUUCCAAGCCAGUGGAUGUCCUGUGGGAGCCGCCUCUGGCCAAACUGGUACCCUGGAUCUGGAAGACAAGGUACAGGAUGGCUCAUUAAUCUCUCUGUACAGUUUUAACUGCAUGAGUUUUGGUUUAUGUAACAUUCGUCUAAUUUUUCAGAAGUCUCCCUGCACCAGCCAGCCAACUUUGUUGUUGCAGGAGCCAAAAUUCACAGUCAAGUGCAAAGACCCUCCGCGCUACGAGGAUGCAGUUAAACAGACACGUGGCAUGCUAACGGCUAUUCAGGUGAAACUCAAACUUGCUGUUGGAGCCUAUUGAUUCUUUGUAUAAUUAUUUGAAUUAUUGGGGAACGCUAAAGAUAAUGAUUACUGUGAAUAAAUUAUCAUUUAUAUUUUAUUUGCUGUUUAUGUCCCUCCUCUUGGCCAGGCCAACCUCCUCCUGUGAUUAGGCAGUGAGGGCAGCUGGUUUCUUUUGGUUUUUGCUUGGUGCUGAAGGAGUGAGACAAGUGAGGAGUGAAACAGUUUAUCUACUGCUGAAUUACAUUUUUUAUUUUGCUCAUUGUUUGAAGUCAACCCGCAGAAUAUUUCUGUUCGCUUAAAUCAGGGGUGGGCAACCAUGUGCCAUGGAGGGCCGAGAGGCUGCAGGUUUUCUUUCCAACCCAAAACUCCACCAGGUGAUUUCACUGAUUACCUUAACUCCAAGCAGAGAUCAGGUAAUCAGUGAAAUCACCUGGUGGAGUUUUGGGUUGGAAAGAAAACCUGCAGCCUCUCUGCCCUCCAUGGUACAUGGUUGCCCACCCCUGGCUUAAAUAAAGUUAAGAUCUUUUUUUUUCACACAGAUAUUUCCUGAAGUGCUUAUUAUUUAGCGAGUCAUAGACCUCCUCCUCACAAACUACUCCAAUGUUUUUUGACCUUUCUGUUGAAUGCAAGUGUAGCGAUAACACUCGCAGUUUAGUGCAACUUAAAGAAUUAUUCAAGUUGGUACUAAAGUUGCUGAAACACUGGCUUUUGUUUUCUAUUUUUCUGCAGGGUCCCUCUGCGGCGAGCCAGCAGAUGGAUGACCUAUUUGAUGUGUUGAUUGAGAGUGGAGGUGAGAGUUACUGCGACUCUAUUUUUCCAGAGAUCAGGGGCAAAAUAAAUUUGAGAUACCCUCAUACUUAAUGUUCUGUACUUGCUCUUUUAGAGAUCUCCCCCUUCAUCAGACAGGAUCCCCCCAGCCUGGACAAGCCUCUUCCUGUGACAGCCAGUGUAACCAUCCUUCCCAUCAACACGGUUUUAUCCCGCCCUCCACCUGUGGUCCAAGUGGCCCAGUUGCCUUCCUCACCACUCAAUCCCUCCGCAACAAGUUUGGCAGCCCUGACCUCUGACCCCCAGCUGGAAACCCUACUUGACAGAACGCUGUGCACGCCUGAAGCCGAGCCACAAACACUGAAGCUGAUGGAGGAGCUCCACUCACCUGUUGUUACCAUGGAGUUGGACCUACAUGAAAACACCAACAUGGAGAACAUGGACUGGUUGGACCUGACCCUGUCCGUGCCAGCAGAGGGGACCAACACUUUGGACUUGUCAGCACCUGUGGGCGUCUUCUCUUCUGACUUCCUGAACUCACACGAGCUGCCCUUGAACUGGGAAUGAGCGCUGUCAUUUCAUUUCAGAUGGACAAACUUUUAUUAUUAUUAAAGGGAGGACUUAUUUUGUUUCCUCUGUUGAAAUAUAAAAACUUUUGGAAGAUAAAAUGGAUUUUUUUUACUUGUAAAACUACUUUUAUCAAAAGUUUAGCAGCAUCGGUUUAGAAAUUGCUGCAUUGCGUCUUUUAACCCUGUGAAUGAACAGGGAGGCUGCCUUAAGAAGGACCAGCACAGGGAGAAAGAAAUGACUAUGGAAAAAGCUUUAAAUGUGUCAUUUCUAAGUUAUGAUUUCUCUCUCUUCACAUUACUGUUUUUAUUUUGUCAUGUGAUAUAAAUGAAUGUACAUCCUUUUAUAGUCGUUGGUGGGAAAAGACCAGGGAAAUAAUUUUAUCCCAGUGGACAAACAGAUGGAAAACACUGUAAAUCUACAAGUUAUUUUGAAGCUCAAAUAUCCUGUCUCUAAAUGAUUCUCAUUGACUGAAUAUUGUUACUGCUUGAAGCUCUCUGAGUGUGCACACUUCAACACCGGAAAGUUAACUGAGUUGGGGAAUUCAAGUUGACUCUGAAUGGACCAAAUAUUUCAUUAUUUCAGUCAAAAAUGCAAACUCCACAUUAUCUAUAGUAUACAAAGCAAUAGAAGGGGAUGAAAAAUGCCAGUAUUCCCAUCAGUUAAGUUAAAGUUUGAUAUAUUCUCGACUCAUUUGAUGUUAAAGUUAAAUUUUUCUAUUUCUAUUCAUUUCGACUUUGACUAAAUUACCAUUCAAACUCUCCUAACACCAUGUAUUUCUUGGUCUAGUCCAGCACACACAACUGCUGUCUUGACAGUUGUCCAGAAGACCAUCACUGACCCCCUUCAAAAGGAGGGUAAACCACAGACUGUCAUUGCUGAACAGCUGGCUGUUCUCAGAGGGCUGCAUAGAAGUAGAUUCAUGGAAAGUUGACUGGAAGGGAAGAAUAAAGUAGGAAAAGAUUAUCAUACUACAGGAUUAACUAAAGCUUUGAGAGGAGUGUCAGGUAAAGUCACACAGACCGCUGUAGGAAAAAGGGGGCUACAACUGUCAGAUAUCCUAUAUCGAGCCAAUCCUUGAACUGAAGACAAAGUCUGAAGACUCUUACCAGGACUAAGGAGAGAAAACCUGGACUGUUGCUCAUAUGUCGGAAAUUAUUUGGCAUUCAUUUGGAAAUCAAGGUCUGUAUAAGCAGAGAGGUUUAGAGUUCGGGGUAUUCGAUGUCCAGCUACAUCAGUGUUGAUUUGGGGUGCCAUGGUAUUUGCCAUAUGUCAUUUGCUGUUGUUUAUUCAGGUCCCCAGUCAACACAGCCAUCGAGUUGGAGAUUUUAGAGCUUUGAGAGGUCAGAGGACUAGAGAAAGAGCCAUGCAAACAUAGUCCAUGUACCAUUUACAUCCAUUCAUACUCUCAUCUGCUGACAUUGCUCUUAUCAGAUGGUUUUCUUACCAUAUAGUAUUACUGCACCUGAUUGGCCAGUCACUUUGCCUGACUUGCUAGUGGACCAGGAGAAUCUAUAGCAGUGGUUCUCAAGUCCAGUCCUCAAGGCCCACUGUCCUGCAUGUUUUGGAUGUUUCCCUGCUCCAACACACCUGAUUCAAAUGAUCAGCUCGUUAUCAAGCUUUGUAAUGGCUUAAUAAUGAGCUAAUCAUUUGAAUCAGGUGUGUUGGAGCAGGGAAACAUCCAAAACAUCCAGGGCAGUGGGCUUCAAGGACUGGACUUGAGAACCACUGAUCUAUAGGGUUAGUCAGAAGGGUCAGGUGAAGACCAGGUCUAAGUCAUUGAACUAAUAAGUUAGUACAAAUUCAUCUAAGUCUAGAAAAAUCCCUUGAAUGUGGUCAGAGCAGACUACAGCCGUUCAGUAUUAUGAGUGAUUUCCACUAUCGGUGAUAGCUACCUUUCAGUGACAACAACUGAAUGUGAAUCGACUGAAAUUGCAUUGGUUUGUAUAAAAGCGCCAUCUGCUGGAUUUUUUUAGUACAACAAGCAGGUUUCUCUUUUUUUGGUUGUUAAAACUGACUUUAGUCUGAAGACUAAUAAAUUCUAAGAAACAGAAAAUCCCUCUGAAGGAUGCAGUGCAAAACAUCAAACCGGUUCCUUUGGGCUGUUUGUUCAUGCACUAAAUCUGGUGUGUGUAAAGUAACUAGGGAAUCAUUCUCUCACCCUAUGUGGUUAUCUUUGCACUCCUUACAAAACUGAACUACUUGUUGUAUGGAUGCUUGUUCGAAGGACUGUGGUCAUGUUAUAGUUCCAGACCUACAGCCUGGUUCAAGGCUUCUAGUCAUCUCUGGUGCUAAUAAUUCUGAAUAUUGUGUGUUUAUAACCUCCCUCUGUUUUUAUUAGCACUGACUUUUAGAUACUCCAGUGGAUGUGCCUCCACCAAAGAAACCACAUGUUGAUUCAGGGAUUCAGGGUCAUUAUGUGGAGGGGUCCUGUCUGCCCACAGAUUUAAGAAGUCUUGGGUAAACUCUGAGGCCUUUUCCAACAAAGGCAACUUGAUGGAGAAAAGCCUCCCUGAAAUCAGUUUGACUCCGCUGUGGUCUGAAAUUGAAACUUUGAAACUCACCUCAGCUCUCACUCUUUGUUCAUUCUUUGAUCACUACAUUAUCCUGCAGACAGGACAGUCUAAAUAUCGUUCAGUCUACAAACACACAACUGGUUUCUAAUCUCCUAUUCUCCAUCAUUUCUUUUAUUUUUCUCAUCCUUUCAGAGCUCCUAAUGCUGGACAGAGUACAAAAGAGGAGAUAUGUCAUAUUGAGCUUUAGAGACGCAAUGUUGUUGACGUGUGUGCUAAUUGUUUUUGUAUGCAGAAUACCACCUUCAUAUAAGUGUGGGAGUUUCUUUACAUUUUAAAAAAGAUCAUUGGAGACUGUGCUAUUGGCUUAUGGCGAACUUCUGUAUGUUGUUAUACUAUGUAAAGAAAUGCUUCAUUUGUCGUUAAUUGACUGAAAAUCCUACAAACGGUAAAUCAAUAAUGACAGACUGAAUUUUGACAGUAUCACAGAUUUUAUUUUUUUCAAUGAAAAAACUUAACAGCAUUUUAUAAAAUUCUUUUUCACUCAAUUUGUGAUUUUUUUCUUUCUUUUUUUUUUUUUUUUGUUUUUUUGUUUUUUUGUAGGUAAAGCUGCCAUAACACCAACAGUGGGAACAGAACAUUUUUUAAAUAAAGGACAUUUUUUAAUAAGAAACAAAACCAUUAUAUUCACUUUCAUAAUAAUUCUGACAAAAUGCCUUUGCAUAUAUCAUGAAGAGUGUAGAAGCAAAAAAAGCCUCUGCAUGGUUUCUGCCGCCCACCCACAGGGAAAACAGCUCCACCAUGGCACCUGGAUUGGCUCCAGUGCUGACAGGGAUGCUUUACACAGCGCAUAGAAGAGAGGUAUGUUUAUUAUUUACAUGUGCAAAUCUAUUUCCCACUCUUCUGCCAACUUUCUCGUACGCUAUUCUGAUUUGGCUUUGGUGUUGCAGAGUCAAGAUGUCAAAGAUAAGAGCCAGACAAGCCAGCUGCUCCGUUGCAGGUUGCCAAAACUAACAACAAAUGUCUAUAUUCUGUCCCAGCACAGGAGGACUGACAAAAACAAUAGCUGCUUUUUAUUUCUAACAAAGACGUGCCAGCUAGAGUCGGUGCUAUUUUAUUAAUUUAUGCCAAUCUCUUUGCCCCAGACAGGUUUAACAACAUGCGCCGACCACAUAAAGUUAAACAAGAUCAUAAAGAAGGAACAACUUUAAAUGUCAGACUUUUUAGAGACAUGCUUUUUUUUUACUGGCUGCAACACUCUAACAGCUGCUUAUCUGGU